AUGCCUACCAUCCUCCCACCCUGGCCACACCUUCUAUUCGGCGUCCUUGAGCCUCUUUCUUUGGUUCUCGGAAGCCUCGCCCCGCUGUAUGACCUGAACGGCUUCAUCGCAGGCCAAACCCCCCAGGCAGACCCUCCCUCCGCCCAUCCCAGCAGCCUCUCGUUGGCCUACCAACUCGGCAACCUAUAUUCCCUCCUUUUCCUCGUCGGGGUAGCCGUGUUGCAUACGAGCACGGAGCCCAAGGUAGUGCGUAAUUACAUGAUUGCCCUGGCCAUUGCCGACGUCGGUCAUGUCUACGCCACGUACAUGGGGAUGGGCUGGGCUGCAUUUGCGGAUGUUGGCGCCUGGAAUGCUCUGACUUGGGGAAACAUCGGCGCGACCGCAUUUCUCUUUAUCAAUCGUUUGGCAUAUUUCUUGGGCAUAUUCGGGACUGCAAAAGCGCCUAAGGUGGCAGGGAAACGAGAAUAA